CAGCUCUGACCCAAUAAACUCAGCCCCCUUCUCCCUGGAGUCUCUGACCUCCCUCCAUAGCCCCUGUUGAUUCUGUUGAUUGAGCCUCUAGUUCUGACCCAGAGCUGCUCCUCUGUCCUCCCCAGAUGGCCUCCUACUAUGGCUAUGCAGUGGCUGCAACAGACCUCAAUGGGGACGGGCUGGAUGACUUGCUGGUGGGAGCACCCCUGCUCAUGGAGCGGACAGCCGAUGGGCGGCUCCAGGAGGUAGGCAGGGUCUACAUCUACCUGCAGCAGCCAGCCGGCAUGGAGCCCACACCCACCCUCACCCUUACUGGCCAUGACGAGUUUGGCCGAUUUGGAAGCUCCUUGACCCCGCUGGGGGACCUGGACCAAGAUGGCUACAAUGAUGUGGCCAUUGGGGCUCCCUUUGGUGGGGAGACCCAGCAGGGAGUGGUGUUUGUAUUCCCUGGGGGCCCGGUGGGGCUGGGCUCUAAGCCUUCCCAGGUGCUGUUGCCCCUCUGGGCAACCGGCCACACUCCAGACUUCUUUGGCUCUGCCCUUCGAGGAGGCCGAGACCUGGAUGGCAACGGAUACCCUGAUCUGAUUGUGGGGUCCUUUGGUGUGGACAAGGCUGUGGUAUACAGGGGUCGCCCCAUCGUGUCUGCCAGUGCCUCCCUCACCAUCUUCCCUGCCAUGUUCAACCCAGAGGAGCGCAGCUGCAGCUUGGAGGGGAACCCUGUGGCCUGCAUCAACCUUAGCUUCUGCCUCAACGCCUCUGGAAAGCACGUUCCUGAUUCCAUCGGCUUCACGGUGGAGCUCCAGUUGGACUGGCAGAAGCAGAAGGGAGGAGUACGGCGCGCGCUGUUCCUGGCCUCCAGGCAGGCGACCCUCACCCAGACCCUGCUCAUCCAGAAUGGGGCCCGGGAGGACUGCAGAGAGAUGAAGAUCUACCUCAGGGUAUGGCCUCCAGGGCAGGGUCUGGAUGGGCCUGGGGAGGGUGGCCACAGAGAACUAACUGGGGCCUUUCCUGAAGGGAGGGAGAUUGGGAGGUUCCAGGCAAAGGCUCAGGACUUUGGUGGAGCUGAGGAGGGGGACCCUCUGCCAGAGCUGGGAACCAGACUGUCAGGGCCUCUCAAGCAUUGAAGAUGGUCACGUUUGGACCCCUGAAUUCUUGAAGGCCCUGAGUGGACAGAAGGA